AUGCUCAUCAUUGACCACACAGCGUACCCCAGCAUCUUGGACGACGUCCUCGCGCACAGCAGCGUCAGCGCGCUCCUGAGCUUCCGCGCCACGGCGUCAGCGUACAAGUCGCGCGUCGACACGCAGCUCUUCACCCACGCCGUGCUCGUCACCCGCGCCACCGCGACGGGGGUACAGCUCGCGCUGCGCUCGGCCAGCGGCGCGGAACUGCCCUACCUCCCGCACCUGGUCCACAUACUCGACAUCGCGACGACCCUCGAGCCGACCUCGGCACAGAAGGCCGAGUUUACUUCGCUCCGGACUGUACGGCGCUUCGGCUCGGGCAUGCACCUCGCGGCGGAGAUACCCUCGUCGUGGCGCGCGCCGACGGCAGUCGACUUCCUCACAGUGGACGAAGCUACCGGCGGGGCAGCUGGCGUGCUGUGUGCCCCAGGCGAAUGCAGCCGGUACGUCGCGCACGUUGCGCCGACGAGCGACGGGCGGCGCGCGGAGAUACGCACCAGGGUUCAGCGGCAGCGCGCACGCGAGUACGUCCUCGUCUUCUGGCCGUCGCGAUAUCCGCCAGAGCACGCGCCCGUGCGCGUCAUCACCGAGUUUGGACUACACGCGCACCGCGAGGGUAGUCUGACCAUCGUCGGCGUCGAGGACGCACUUCCCGAGGGCUAUGGGCUGCAGAAGCUGAAGACACUCGUGCGCCAGUUCUAUACAGUCACGUUGCGGUUUAGUGACGCCGCUGCCGACGUGCAGGACGCCUCCACGCGCUGGCUGAGCCGCGAGGAGUGGUGGGCCGAGCUUGGGGCACGGCGCGAGGUCGAAGGCGUGUGGCCUGGCGUGGGGUACAAGUAG